CUUGUCCUGGUGACCACGUGACAUGUGCUGCAGCGGUGCCGUACCGACGAUACGGUACAGCGCUGUGCUUUAAUUAAUGCAGAUAAAGGGUACAGCGUUGCACUGCACAGAGCAACCUAUCCACAAUUUUUUAGUAGAAAUCUAAUAACUGCCCUUUAAACCACCGAGCAAAAAGUAAUUUUAUUCUGAGGUUUAACCACCGACCAAAAAGAAAUUUUAUUCAGAGGUUUAACCACCGAGCAAAAAGUGAUUUUAUUCUGAGGUUUAACCGCCGUCCAAAAAGUAAUUUUAUUCUGAGGUUUAACUACUAACCAAAAAGAAAUUAUAUUCUGAGGAAAUGGGGAAGCUGAACUCGUGCAGCGACAUCAUCGGUGCCCAGGAGCUGACCAGCUUGGGAUUAUACAAGGCCCUGGCUGCGGAGUUCAUAGGCACCCUCCUGCUGGUGCUGGUGGGGUGUGGGUCGUGCUUGGGUGUCACCAACACCACCAGGAUCGCGCUCACCUUCGGCCUCACAGUCGCCACCAUCGCACAGGCGAUCGGCCAUGUUUCGGGGUGUCACAUCAAUCCCGCGGUGACGUUGGGGAUGUUGAUGGCACGGUGCACAUCAGUGGUCAGAGCUGUGCUGUACAUCAUCUUCCAGUGCAUCGGAGCCAUCACUGGAGCUGCCUUGCUUUACGGUCUGGUGCCAUCAUCGUUCGUUGGUUCGCUCGGCAACACGGGCCUGAACUCUGCGGUGUCGGGCGGCCAAGGCUUCGGCAUCGAGUUCUUCAUCACAUUUGUGUUGGUGCUGACGGUGUUCGGUGCGUGUGAUGACCGCAGGAGUGAUGUUAAGGGCUCCGUGCCUCUGGCCAUUGGGCUGUCCAUCACUGCAUGCCAUCUCUUCGCGGUCCCUUUGACUGGCUCCUCCAUGAACCCCGCACGCAGCUUCGGCCCCGCCGUCAUGAUGGGUGAUGACUACUGGAACGACCACAGGGUGUACUGGUUCGGCCCCAUGUUGGGCGGGGCUGUCGCAGGCCUCGUGUAUUCCUACGGCUUCAAAUCCUCCGGUGAAGAUCACAGUUUUUCUCCAUCUGGGACUCACAGAAUCAUUGGCGAAUCUUCCACUCCUCGGCCUUGAUUUUCACGGCAAAAUAUUUCCAGCAACAAGAAAAUCCACUUUUGUGGCUUCAUUUACUGUGCUAGAUUUAUGCUUGCCAUUUAUCGACCGUUUACUGUGCUAAAUUCUUGCCUGCCACGUUUUGCUUGUAAAGUUUCAUUAAGAGCCGUCAUUUGUCAUUGGCCGUCAUUUUUCAAUGUAAGUUAACUGACGAUGUUUUAGAAAGAAA